AGAAGUGUACGGAAGUGCAGUAGUACCGGCGGUACCCUCUGAUGGUAGUGAGGCAAUGCUUUUAGGCUGCUGUGCAAUUAAAGUCAUAGUACUUGCUUGAGCUGAGGUUUUCAUUUGUUUCGAACCAGAGGGCAAAACUUGAAGGUGGAAGCAGACCAAAUCAAAAGUUGGUAUGGAGGAUAAACAAGAAUCUACGGACUCCGAGAUAUCGACUCCUGUGGAGAAUGACAAGUGCCAAAGCAAUACUGUUGAAAAAGCCGAAGAGUACAAUGGUGUUGCGCACGCUAGAUGGAAAUUGCUACGACAGGCUCUUAAACAAAAGCGAUUGGACAAUGACAGAUUUCAGCAAAUAUCUGUAAGAAGAUUUUCAUCUUUUGGCCUGUUUUCAACAACACAAUUAAAGCAGGAUGAGCAGAAGUUGGAUUCUGAGCAGUGGUUCCAGUACAGAUGCAUUUCUUACCCCCAGUAUUGUGCCUUAAUAAGGCAUAAAGUUGGACCUCUUGACAUUGAAGAUGUUCUGAACAGUUUUGACAACACAGGAAAUGUUUGUGACCCCCAUUGUGGGGAGGGGGUGUUGUACCCUCCCCACAUCAUUGUAUCUCAUGCCUUGUUGAGAUUGUGUGAAGUUACAGAGAAAGAGAGACUAAUAAAGAAACAGGGCUAAGGGGACACAACCUUCACCUCAAGGACUGCAAGCGGACUUACCCCAAACAAAACCUUGUAUGGAUAUAUCACUGUAUUAUUUUUAAAAUGUACCAUUAUGCAUUUCCCUGAGUACUUCACAUUUAUCUUGCAUUCCAGUGUAGUAACCAACAUUUUAGGGCUAGCAACAUACUGGGAAGUGGUUUUCUCAUGUUUUGCAUAGUAAUAAACAUAUCGAUAGCCUGCAGUGUCCCCUAUUUAUGCAACACAAUAUUGUUUUUUUCUGAGUUUUUCUGUUUUGCCCUGCUCACAACACUAUUACUGUUCUGAAAUACUACAGGCUUGUGCUUUAAUAAGCACCGUGAUGUCAUACGCGUGUUAUUGUGAAUUGUUAGGUGAGAAGCCAAAUUCUUUUAAAAUUUUCUCCAUACAAACUACUAGCUUAACCAAAAAAUUGGGCAAUGGGGAAUAUUGUGAAUUGUUUGUUCUGUAUUAAUAUUUUGAAAGCUAUAAUUAUGUUUUUAUGCAGGUGCUUGCUCAUAUUCAGUGUUCCUGAAAACAGGGCUGUGUUGAUCAUUUUAAAAUUCAUUCCUUCGUUGAAAUUCAUGUGACAGAGACUUGAUUCAGGGUCACUUGGGAGGACUUGUCUUGUUAAAUGAUUGCUGAAGGUCAUACAGUUUGUACGUGGAGAAGGAAGGAAUGAAACCAGAACUACAGAAUAAAUGGCAUUAGCAACCUAUGGCUUCAUUAUUUGGAUUUUGUAGAGAGUCUUCACUGUAUUUUGCAACUGUUGCUAGACUUAAUGCAGUGACUGAAACCAAAGGGUAAUAGAAGAAACUAUGUAUUUCUAAGCAGAAUUUGCAUAAAACUGAUUUUUAACACCAUUACAUUUCAUGUAAAACACAUCAUAACAUGAGGAAUUAUUUAAUCAUCCACCAUUAAGCUAAACCAAAAUGAGCAAUGCUGCUAGUAGGCAGAGGAGAGCAUGUGCAACUGAUGUAUAUUUGUCAGAGUUUUAAAUGGUUAGCAUCUAGCUGCACAAACUGCAAGGCAGAAUAUGUCACGGUCGUCUUCAGCAAUUAAAUGGGCCUUAAUGUUAGCAAGUAGCAAAUACUGUUUUGGUGAUGUAAGUUUAAGCAGGGGAAGCCAUGCUUAUAAGACAGACUUUUUCAGUCACUGAGGAACAUACUACACAAGUGCUUCACUUAGUGUACCAGUGUUUGUUCACUUACCUGACCUACACAGUUGUAAAUCCUAAGUAGAAUCUGGGGCUUUGAAUUUUUAUAGUCAGGAAAUUAUUAAUUGUUAACAUCUCGGAAUAUUAAAGGAAAUAUGACAUUGUUUAAGAGACAUAUGACUAAGUUAAGUCAACUGGAGUCAAAAUAAUGGUGUCUGUACGUGCUAGCUUCCAAAAUGUCUGCAGUAGUACAGGCAGGGAGUUCUGUCAAUGUAAGAAUGAAUGAACAUGAUUGGAACAAGUAGCUUUGUAUUUUUCCAAUCACAUAUGUUAAGUCCUGCCCACCUCUCCUUGCAGCUCCUAUAUCCUGCUGUUAAGUAACUCAAGCAGCCAAGGCAGGAGUCUAAGAUUAAAAAAAAAAUGAAAUUACUCUUUCAUAGGCAACAUAUCUUAGGCAGAAUAGUAGAUCGGCUGGGGGGUGUUUUAUUACCCUUACCUAUCAGGAGUGCCACACAUUUCUGCCUUGUACACAUCAUUGAGCAGAGGCUAGUAGCAUUUAGAGAUUAAAGCUUGUCAGCACAUCACUUGUUUUCUCUAGUACUGCAGAUGUCAGCAGCUUAAAUCUGUGGAAGGCACAGAUGAGGCCCCCAACACUCAGGCACCCCAUGUUGUCUUACCUUGCAGCAGAGUAACUGCUGCUUUAAAGGCGGUUAAUUAUCUGGCUUCCCCUAAUUAUUGUAGAAAGAGCUGCCAGUCUGACCUAGAAUUUAGAGCAGUGGGCCAUAAAUGAGCUUAACUCAUCUGACAGUUCUGAAUUUGAAGCCUGUAAACUUUUGUUGUAUGUUUUCUAUAAGAAAGUCACUCAGUGUAUUUGUAUUCAUAGGAUAUUCCAGCAAAAAGAGUUUGACCCAAAAUUACAACAUUUUUUUCCAGUAAUUUUCUUUUUCUAAAUUCUUUCCUUUUACUUUUUCUGUUCAUAUGCAAAAGAGCAAUCACAGUUUAUUGCAUGCCUUUCUGAACUAGUUUUUAUUGAAUAUUUUAGCUAAAAUGUCAGUGUAGUACAACAGGUUAAGACUGUCAGCUGGUGACAUGUUUCAUUCUAUAGAUCAGAGUCCGAUUCUCUCAGUCUUCACUUGGAUACCGUGUGACACUGAGCAAGUCAUUUAAAAGACCAAGGUUUUCAAGUCACCCCUGAAAAGAAAUUAGUGCCCGGUGGAUCUUACGUUGUUAAAAAAUAAAUAAACAACUUUACUGUCACAAUACUCUGUUACUCUCACAUUUUGCAGUGCAGAGGUACAAGAGUAUAACCUCCCUUAGUAAAUUGCCAGGCUCCCUUAAGUAUCACCCUUCUAGGAGUUUUUCAGCUAGGAGUGGAAAAAAUAGGGGAGUCGCAACAAACUAAGUACAUCAUGGUAGAAAUGCAACUUUAAAACUGCAUAUUUAUAGCAUGUAGUAAAAAGUAUGCUAUUUUUGUGGAGUAAAGUAGAAUAUUAUGGCAUCUAAGCUUGACACUGAAAAGUGGGAGCAGCAAUGUACAACUCCACUUUAUGUAAUAAUUCUGUCAUUGUGUAUAAACACUGUUCAGUGUGGUAAAGCAAAACUUUCCCAGAAGAUUUUCAUAAAAAACUUAGCAAUCUCCUGUCAAUAAACUCCACAGCUCCCACAGGUGAUACAUUGCCUCCCCACCACCAUUCAUCCUCCUCUUCCAGUUCAAAUGCACACAUUCAAAAGCAGUCUCUCUUCUACUUGAACAUAUUUCCACUGACACCCCUCCUGCAUCUGACAGCAUAAACCCCAGGUUUAUAUGCCACUGCAGACAGCAUCUAUGUCUUCCUCUCACCCUCACAUAUGAUGCGUGUAUACCAAAACAUCUUACCACAGAUUUGGAAAACUGCUGUAAUUAAACCCCUCCCAAAGCAACCCAACCCAAAAGAUACCUCUCAUUAUCAUCCAAUAUCCAUCCUCCCAAUUCUGAGCAAAUGUGUUGAAAAGAUAAUCUGCACCCAUCUCUCCCACUGUAUCCAGCAGUAAUCUCCUUCAAACAGCAUGGAUUCUGGCUUGGACAAAGUAUUAUGACCCCACCUUGGUACCUAACUGAUGCCAUCCUGUUAAACCCUGACAGUGGCCUACUUACAAUUGCCCUGUGUUUAGAAUUUACAAAGACAUCUGACCUCAUUCACCAUUAUCUUCUCCAAAACAAACUAACUGCAGCUUCUCCUUCAUUUAAAAACUUCCUCACUGACAGACACUUCAGAGUUAAAACUUGAUCCUCCCAAUCAGAAUGUGUGCCUAUUACCAAAGGUGUACCACAAGCAUCCAUUCUUGCUCCCCUCUUUUUCUCCAUAUUUGUUAACAAACUUCCUUGUCACCUCCCCCAUCUCCCACUUACCCUCUAUGCUGAAGGUAUGGUCAUUUACUGAUUAGGUCACUCUCACAUUAGCAUUCAGUGAGCUCAAGCAGUGACUCAUAAACCAUAAUGUAUUUCACAGUACCACCAAGACCAGUCUAUGAUUUUUGGAACUCCACAGAUAAUUCAGGAAGCACCUGACUCUCUAAUUACUUUGACCUCACAACCAUUCCAUAGAGACGACCUCCAACUUCAAAUGCCUAGGACUUGAUCAGUCACUAAACUUCUAUUUCUGCAUAGACAAAGUGAGAUCCAAAAGAAACUCCCUCCUCUUCUGGGCCAAACAGAUUGCCCCUUUUCUAUCCCAACUAGCCAGAGCAGCCAUUAGCAAAGGAGUUUUCCUUUCUCAACUUGAAUACGGGCUUUUGAUGUUUGGUUCUGUAUUCACGAAAAACAUAGUCACACGCCAGACUAUCAUUAGCAUCAUCUUCUGAUUCAUUACAAACUCACCCCCUAUGUGAGCAUCACUGUAUUACCCUAGAAAAAGCCAAAUGGCUACCCAUAAAACAAGUACGUAGCCUACUUUAAGCAUCCUAAGUCUACAGACUACUCCAACGCCACACAUUCACUCUCCUUGCAGCUAGACUUCAUGAAAAACCUCCUCAUGCAACCUCAGACUCUACUCAAAAGCCACACCAACAUUCAUUACCACAAGAACUUAACUCCACAGCAGUCCUCAGCAAUACACAUGCUUUCUCCUCUCAGUCAUUUAUUCUUUGGCAAGCUCUCCUCAUCAUACCUCUCAACUGUCCAGAUUUUGCUUCAUUUUUUUAAGUCUGUUUCUCAUAAAGUUGUGGUUUUAUGA